AUGGCAGAUCAAGGUAUGUUAGAAGAGAAAUGGCGGAUUGUAUUCAGUCUGAUCGACAUUAACAAAGACGGCGUAGUGUCGUCAGCCGAUGCGGAGUUCUGCAAACGCACGUUUGGGGAAAUGUUCGCCGACGCCGACAAAAAGGCUGUAGCCGUCGCCGACCUUGACCGAUACUGGGACACCCUCAUCUUCUUGGGGAAAACACCGGACUGGAGUAUUGAAAUAAACGGAGACAAGUUCGUUGAAAACUUCGCAGAAGCGUUCACUGCCGAUAAAACUGGUACUCAGACUUCAAUUUCUAAAGCUCUCAAUCAUCUUUUAGCAGCUGCCGAUAUUGAUGGUACCAAGUUAACGGCUUGCAGAAAACUUGAAUGUGAGAUGGUGAUAGCUUGUUACAUCGAUCUGUAA